UGGAUCAUCAGCGGGAGAUCGACCAUGAUCUAUACAAAGCGCCAAACAUGUCUUACUCCAAGGACCAACACGCCGGAUCUUUAGCAGCCCAUGUGUAGAGCCUAACCCAUCGCCACUUUCGAGUUAGUCUACCAUACGUAAGGUCCUCCUGGCAAACUCGUAUAGAAGUAUAUAUGAGGCCCUCUAUGUUCCACUCCCAUUGCACGAGAGAUCUCGCACUCUGGUCGAUCACAAUUUGGAGGUUCGAGCGACAUUAAUUGCAUUGGAAGUUUGGUCGGUCUCGACCUCGAGUCGAGUGAAUUGGGUGAUAGAAAGAUCGCAUUGUUUGCCAUGGCCGUGGGUCGCGACGCGCUCCACUCGAAUGAUCAAGAUGCGCUGGACCAGCCGCUGCUACUGGAUCCGGCGAAACUGGAGGCCGAGAUCCGGAGCUGCAACCACGAUCCGGAUUGCCCCGGAUGCAGAGUAGCCUACCUCAAACAUCCCAAAGCCAGCGCUCCCCUGGGGCUGCUCCUCGGCCUCGCUUUUGUCCUGCUUUGCACCUCUCUGCCAAUCUCGGUGGUCUAUCCCUUCGUCUAUUUCAUGGUGAAAGACUUCCACAUUGCGAGGGUGGACACAGACAUUGGAUUCUACGCGGGAUGGAUUGGAUCCUCUUUCAUGAUCGGGAGGGCGUCAACCGGGAUGCUGUGGGGCAGCAUUGCCGACAGAUUCGGUCGGAAGCCGACCAUGUUCGCGGGCGUCGCCUCGGUGGUUGUGUUGAACACGCUGUUUGGGCUGAGCACCAAUUUCUGGAUGGCAGUCACCACGCGCUUCAUCCUCGGCUGCUUCAAUGGGAUGCUGGGCGUCGUCCAGGCCUACGCAUCGGAGCUCUGCAACGAAGAACAGCAGCCGCUCGGACUCUCUGUGGUAGGGACCGCCUGGGGAUUGGGACUCAUCGUCGGCCCUGCCGUGGGUGGCUACUUGGCUCAACCAGCUCUCAAGUUCCCAAGCGUCUUUGCGAGCGGGUCACUAUUUGAUCGGUUUCCAUACUUGUUACAGGCCCUUUGCAUUUCCUCCAUCGCUGUUUUUGGUCUAUUCGUCGUCUGCCUCCUACCAGAAACUCUGCACAGGAAAAGCUCCGUGCCAAAGGUGGAAGACUUGGAGAAGUCGAAUCCACUCGAUUCGAAAGAGGACAAAGUGGAGUCCAUUUUCAGGAACUGGCCUUUGAUGGCUGCUACGACGCUAUACUGUCUUUGGUCGCUACAUGAUAUGGCUUACAGCGAGUUGUUUUCGUUGUGGUCCGUGAGCCCAAAGUCGUACGGGGGUCUCGGUUUCACGAGUUCUCAAGUUGGAUCAGUUUUAGCGGUUGCAGGCUGUGCAAUGCUUGGAGCUCAACUUGGAGUUUUUCCUACAGUUUGUAGAAUGGUUGGACCGAUCCGGGCUUGUCGGUUUGGAGCCCUCAUCACAAUUCCUCUUCUGGUAGCAUAUCCAUACUUUGGCAGGAUUCAAGGACCUUGGCUUUCAGUAACGGUCUAUGCUGCCGCGAUUCUCAAAUACAUUCUCACGACCGCAGUAUUGACGGGAUCGUUCAUCCUCAUCAACAAUUGCGUGAAGCAACGCCAGAGAGGAGCCGCGAAUGGUUUCUCGCUCAGCAUUGUAUCCGUGUUCAAAGGACUGGGCCCAGCGAUUGGAGGAAUAGUCUUUUCUUGUGCUCAAAAGAGACAACACUCAUGGUUCUUCCCAGGCGAUCACUUGGUGUUCCUCUUUCUCAACGUGUUUGCGCUGCUCACGGUUCUCACAUCUUUCGAGCCAUUCCUCCCAAAAUCGGCCAACCGGCUAAUUGCUGACGACUGAUAGAAGAUAAGACCAAAGAUUCUUUGCGAGAUCGAAACGAGAUCUAUGUUGUAAAAUUUGUUCUUUGCGAGUGUGUAAGUUUUUCGCGAGAGUAAAGAAUAUUUUAGAGGACCGAGAACAUUCUUUCCA